CCCACAGAGGGGGCAACGAGAAGGUCUGAGGGUGAGGACGGCAGGAUGACACGCAGGGGAAGCCAGACUCGUGGAAAUGCCACCAUGAUAUGCUGUGGGUUUGCAGUGACGGUCCUGAUCCUCGUGGGAUCCUCUGUGACCCCAGGCUGUUGUCACGCGGAGACCCGUGCGCAUGCAGAGGAGAGACUUCUCAAGAGACUUUUCAAGGGUUACAACAAGUGGUCUCGCCCCGUGGCCAACAUCUCAGAUGCCGUUCUAGUUCGGUUUGGACUUUCCAUAGCCCAGCUCAUAGAUGUGGAUGAGAAGAACCAGAUGAUGACGACCAACGUUUGGGUGAAACAAGAAUGGAACGAUUAUAAACUGCGUUGGGAUCCACUAGAAUACGAGAACGUGACAUCGAUUCGAAUCCCCUCGGAGCUGAUCUGGAGGCCGGACAUCGUCCUCUACAACAAUGCUGAUGGGGAUUUUGCAGUAACCCACCUGACCAAAGCUCACCUCUUCUACGACGGGCAGAUAAAGUGGAUGCCCCCCGCCAUUUACAAGAGCUCGUGCAGUAUCGACGUCACCUUCUUCCCUUUCGACCAACAGAACUGCACCAUGAAAUUCGGGUCGUGGACGUACGACCGGGCUAAAAUCGACCUGAUCAGCAUGCACAGCCAUGUAGACCAGCUGGAUUACUGGGAAAGCGGCGAGUGGGUCAUUGUCAACGCGGUGGGCAACUACAACAUCAAAAAAUACGAAUGCUGCACGGAGAUCUACUCGGACAUCACGUAUUCCUUUAUCAUUCGCAGACUGCCUUUAUUUUACACAAUUAACCUCAUUAUUCCGUGCCUGCUGAUCUCCUGCUUGACAGUGUUGGUUUUCUACUUGCCUUCCGAGUGCGGAGAGAAGAUCACCCUCUGUAUCUCGGUCCUACUUUCCUUGACCGUCUUCCUCCUUCUCAUCACGGAGAUUAUUCCAUCCACCUCCUUGGUUAUCCCAUUGAUCGGGGAGUACCUUCUCUUCACCAUGAUCUUUGUCACGCUCUCCAUCAUCAUCACUGUGUUCGUGCUGAAUGUGCACCACCGCUCCCCACGCACUCACACUAUGCCUGCCUGGGUUCGUCGGAUCUUCUUAGAUGUUGUUCCUCGAGUGCUUUUCAUGAAAAGACCAAUUAAAGACAACUGCAAGAAGCUUAUAGAGUCCAUGCACAUCCGAAGACUCAGCCCGACGCCUAGGAUGUGGUCCGAGACGGCGAUGGAACCAAAUUUUCCCAGUUCGUCGUCUGCUAGCCCCACCAGCCAGCGUCCAUCUCCUACAUCUUCUUGUUGUCACCAGCUGGAACAAACUGUCAACUCCCAAGUGAUCUGCAAGUCCCCAUCGGGACAAUACUCCAUGCUGUGUGAGGAAUCUACGCUAGCCAGCUGUCCUUCACCACAGGCUCAGACCCACCUGUUAGGAGAUGGACAAACGAACCUAAUGCCCAAGAUCCGGUCUGUAAGUGUCCAGCAGAUGUACAGCCCCAAGGAAAUAAAUGAGGCUACGAUCCGGUGCCGCUCCAGGAGCAUCCAGUACGGCUACCUUCAUGAAGACUCUUCCCAGAGUAAUGGACAGUCAAGCAGCUCCCCUCUAACCCAAAGAGGUCAUUUGCAAGAGGGGCAGUCGGGAAGCCAACCUUCCCAGUGCAAGUGUAAGCCUAAAAACCCGGACAAGCCGGCCGGCGCCAGCCAAAUUGCCAAAACUGUCAGUGCCAAAGAGCAGCACGUUCUGCUGAUGUCUCCAUCUCUCAAGCUGGCCAUAGAGGGAGUCCAGUAUGUUGCAGACCAUCUGAGAGCCGAAGACGCCGACUUCUCAGUGAAGCAGGACUGGAAAUACGUAGCGAUGGUGAUUGACCGAAUCUUCCUCUGGAUGUUUAUCAUCGUCUGCCUUCUUGGCACGGUUGGACUGUUUCUCCCGCCCUGGCUGGCAGGGAUGAUAUAAUGAAACGAUUUGCCGGAGAGAGAGGUUUAAUAUCCGGCAGCGUAAACGGGAAGGAGCGAGCGAAAGAACUAUGAGCACAGACGGUGAAUGAAGGAUAUGUAACUACAGACCUGAAACCAAAGGACUAAAGAAAUAGGGAUUGCGGGGAGAAGAGAAGCCCCUGGGCGUGUUGGGGUGGGGAGGUGCAUGUGACAGUCCCUGCAAUUUAUAAAUAUUUAAGUCUGCAUUUGGUUUGCAUGAGUGGGUUUGCAGGUCUCUAGGGGUCUCCCCGAGGACAGAAUCCUGAUUUCCAGGCCACGAAUCCUCUCUUUUUAGCAGACGAGUAUCGCUGUGUGUAUCCGAAACAUGCACCAGAAAAUAAAUAUGAUUUGGGUCUGCUGGAAA